UCGAGACAAAGACCAUCAUCUGAACGUCGUUAAAAAAAAUAACCGAGUUUGUUUGAAUUUCAUGUUAACAUCGAAUUUGAUGCAAGUAUUGGAUUUUCAAUCAGAUGUAUGUGAAAUAGAUCAUCAUCAUCAUUUUUUUUUGUAAAAAUACUGGAACAAAUGAUUUCAAUAUUAUCUCAUCAUCAAAUUCAUCAUCAUCAUCAUAACCACCAUCAUCAUCAAGCUACUAAUUCAACAUCUUCCUCAUCGAUAGGUACUAAAUUUUCCAAAUCGAUUCAAACAAACAGUAUUAACGAAAUUUCAGAUAUGUGGCAAGAUAUUGAGAGCGUCAUCCUGCCGCCACAACCAUCGUUGCCAUCCAACGAUAAUGGACAAUUUCAGUUUACCUUGAUGAACAACAACCAUCAUUCACCAUCAAACACAGCCACAACCACAACAUCGACAACAAAUACGACAAAUGAUGAACAAGUGAUGUAUAAUACAACAAAUAGUCCAACAGAAACCGACAAUGCCAAUACAACAACCGAAAUGUAUCAUCAUCAUCAUCAUCAUCAUCAUAAUCAUCAUGAUACGAUGCUUGUGUAUGAUAGCUAUCCUCAACAUGAACAAUAUCAUUUACAUCAUCAAAACCAUUCCAAUUAUUAUGAUCAAUCUGGCUAUGGUCAUCCGAAUGAUACAAAUGAUUAUUUUCAAUUACCACAACAAACAACAGCGACAACGUUACAAAAAUUAUCACCAACAACAACAAAUUCUGCACCAACACCACCAAUGGAACAGCAACAGCAAUGUGAAUAUUCAUCAUCACCAUAUAAUCAUCAUCAUCAUGGAUCAUAUGCAUUGAAAUCAAUUUCACCGACAUCGACAACUACACGAAAAUCAUCACCACCAGUGAAUGGUGAGAUUUAUUUUGCAAACAAUUUGGAUCAUUCAUCUUAUGGUCUAUGGCCACACAAUAAUGAUGGCGAAAUUAAUGUUGAAACACAACAACAUCACCACCAUCAACAAACGGAUAAGAAUUCUGCAUCAAAUAAUAGCGAUCUAAACAAUAAUGAAGGCAUCUCAUUGGAUAGCAUCUAUUAUAAUCAUCAUCAUCACCAUCAUCAAUAUGGAUCAACAGGAACAGGAUCAACACAAGCAUAUUGGAUCAAUCCAAAUGAAUCGACAGCAUUUGUAGCCAAUGUUACAAAUGGAUCGAAUCAACAAAUAUCACCACCAUCAUCACCAAACAAUAACAAUGCUAUACAAUCGUCAUAUCCGAAUGCUCAUCAUCAUAAUCAUCACCAACAACAUAAGCAAACUGAUUCAUAUUAUACGAAUAGUAAUAACCAUCAAUUUGGUACAGGCGAAAUGAUUACCGGUUCCGGUAUCCAUCAUCUUGAUCAGUCAAGUGUUGCCUCAACCACAACUGCAGCUGCAGCGACCACCACCACCGCAGCAUCGACAACAGCAACAAAUGAAUACAUAGCAUCUGGUUAUAAUUAUUCAGUUGAUAUGGUGAAUAAUUCGCAAAUGCUUCAUAGUCCAAAAAAUUCAUGCAUCAAUCAUUUAUCAUCAAUCAUUGUUGGCCAAGAAAGUCAAUCUCAAUCGCAAUUGAUUAUUCGUGAAGAUCAAACAAGUCAACAACUUUAUUCGCAACAUGCUCAUCAUCAAUUGAACACAAAUGGUUAUUACGCCGAUAAUCAAGGACAUUGUAAUAAUUCGAUCAAUUACACAACAAUUAGCUCAUCAUUAGUGACACCACCAACAUCACCGCCACAGCUUGUAAAUCAAUCAAAAGUAUUGAUGCAAUCAUCAAACACACAGCUAUUGAUGCAAAUCGGUAUCAAUACAAUCUAUACGACGAAUGGAACACACACUGUGAAACAAACUGGUCGUGGAAGACGUGGUCCGAAAUCUAAACAGGCCAAAACAGCAUCGAAUCUAUUGCUGACGAUGAUCAAUGAGAAUGGUCAACUAAUACCGUCAUUACAGCCGCAAACACCGGCCGGUAAAAGUCGUCGUGGACGUAAAGCAAGUGGAAAGAAAAAAGUUACGCAACAUGUUUGCAAUUAUGAUGGCUGUACGAAAACCUAUUCCAAAAGUUCACAUCUAAAAGCACAUCUACGCACACAUACCGGUGAGAAACCGUAUCAAUGUAGCUGGAAAGGUUGUGGAUGGAAAUUUGCUCGAUCUGAUGAGUUGACCAGACAUUUUCGUAAACAUACCGGUGAUCGGCCAUUUCAAUGUCAACUUUGUGAACGGGCAUUUUCACGAAGCGAUCAUCUGUCAUUGCAUAUGAAACGACAUACAAUGUUAGGUCGUUAACAACAACAACAACUGAAUUGUUCCAAGAAAAAUUUGAUGAACACGACAUCUAUAGAUCAACUGCAUAGAACAACAACAACAACAACAACAAUCGACAUACACACAAACGAUGCACGUGUUCUUUUGACAAAUUGAAAAUUUCUUGCUCUUUUCCACUCUGUGUACAUAGCAGCUAUAUACGAAUUAAUCGAUCCAUUCUUAAUUGAAUCAUAAAUAUUUUUUUGUUCACAACAAUUUUUUAAUUCUAGAAUCGGCAAUUUUUUUGUUCUUGUGUGUAACAAUUUUGAUUGUUAAACUAGAAAUUUCACGUUCAAACCAAUAUUAUGGUGUUUCGAUAUAUUUCGCCUUUUUUUUCUCGUCAUUUGUAAAUACACAUAGAUUUUACACUCACGCACACAUAUUGAUCAACCAACAACAAAAUUGACAACCAUAUUUGAUACCGGACAGGUCACUUCUUUUUUUUCUCUUUGCUCUACUCGAUUGCUUGCUUGCUUGAUUAAUUAAUUAUUAAUUUUA